CAUAUUCCAUAUAACCAUCCGGGAGGAAGAGAAACGCAACCCAGUGACAUGUCUUUCGCAUUGGCUAGUUCGUUGAGAUCGUCUUCCUUCCCUUUCCCUCUCCCUCUCACUCCAAGGUCCACAAGAAUGGCUUCCGCCCUCAGCAACGACUGCAAGUUGACAUCUUUCGCUCCUCCGAGCUCGUCCCGCACCGACCGGAGGCUACCCAUAUUGCUUUUCGACAUCAUGGACACGAUCGUGCGCGACCCUUUUCACCAGGACAUCCCUGCCUUCUUUGGAAUGCCUUUGAAGGAAUUAAUAGCGUGCAAGCACCCAGCUGCGUGGAUUGAGUUCGAAAAGGGAGUAAUUGACGAGAUGGAACUGGCCAGAAAAUUCUUCAAGGAUGGAAGGCCUUUUGAUUUGGAAGGCCUUAAAACAUGCAUGAGAAGGGGAUUUUCCUAUCUUGAAGGAAUGGAGGAACUUCUUCAGGAAUUAAAAGAAAACGGCUAUGAGAUCCACGCUUCCACAAACUACCCAAUCUGGUACAAAAUGAUCGAGGAGAAGUUGAAAAUAUCGAGAUACUUAUCCUGGACAUUUUGUUCAUGCACAACUGGAAAAAGGAAGCCUGAUCGUGAUUUCUAUUUGGAUGCUCUGCAACACCUGAAAGUUGAUCCACCUAGCUGCGUCUUCAUUGACGACAGGCCAAGGAAUGUGGAGGCAGCAUUGGAAGUUGGCAUUGUUGGUAUACAGUUUAAGAGUGCAGAUUUAUUGCGCCACGAUCUAUCUGAAAUUGGGAUUGACUUUUCAGCGAAUAAGCAUUCUAGGAGUCAGACCCAGCUUAAGCUUUCAAAAGACCAGGCAUCUUGAUCAAACAUACUUGGUGGAGUCGCAUCACGAACCGAUCCUCGUUUACUUAAAGUAUUCUCUGCAUUCUUUUCUUUAGGCCAAAUAAAAUUGUUUAGUAAUGUUGGCCUGCUCUGACCAGAUUUGAAGUUACUAAAAUGCAAUAGAAAAGUUUCUCCUUAAUCUAAAUAAGAUGAAAUCCAUGUCUCUAUUUAUAAUA